AAAUGUCUCUUCAAGUCCAAAAAAAAAACCAAUCUUUAAUAAUAUCCUAAAAACAACUAUAGCGGUUUUAGGGGUUCGUGGAGAGUUCCCGGUGCGAGAAGGGGGUUGGGCUCCCAACCAUGGGAUUUCCGACAUAGGGUUUUGCCAAACUUCUUUGAAAGGGAUUCGACAUACAAGCGUCGCGGGCAUAGAUUCAUGGACGCUGAGAAGCCAAAUGUCCAAAAACAGAGGACGAAUUUCAGAGAUGAAUAUCCACGAUGGGUAUCCUCAUCUUUCAUCCAUUGAAGCCAGGGCUGGAAUCCUCUCUCAACAAUGGGCAUUCGUCGCAGGCACAAAAACAGAGACGAGUCUCAGAGACUACACUGGUUGGAAGUGUGGAGGCUAGGAAGGGCAUCGAUCUAGAGCUAACGGUGAGUUAAGGUAUGACAGAUGCACACCUCGAGAAUAUUCUGGGAAGAGUCCAGCCAAUUCUUCAUCUUCAAGGCCAAUUUAAAAAAUUAAAAUAAAAAGUAAAUUCUUUUCCUUUGAUGUGGCUCCUUCAAUUAUGUAUAUGUGUCAGAUUAAGGGCUCUUACUCUCAAACCAUUUCCCUAUAUAUGGAUGGUGUAGAUUGGUUGUGCAAAGCAUUUAGUUUGAUUAAAUCUGGCGAUUCUGCUGCCUUCGUUAGGAAUGAGGGAUACCGUAAAAUUCAUAUAUCAUUUGGGAAAAAUGAAUGUGGAGGUUUUGUUUGUUUGGUUGAUUGAGAUAUGAGGGUAGAAAAACUAUCAUUAUUCCUGAAGGAAACAAAAGGAGAGGGAUUCACACUGUUUUGCUCUAAUUUAUAGAACCGGCCAGACAUACUGUGUCAAAUUUCAAAGGACCAUAUAAGGACAACUUUUGAGGACCCUGUAGACAUCUACAUGAGUACGGCGGAAUAUUGUUUUGAAGAGUUUGCAUCUAUUUUCUCCUUACUUCUUCGAGAGGAUUUGUUUAAUCUUGAAUGUAAUUCUAACAACUCUUUAAGGGAGGUUGUUUUGGUGCACGAGAGUAUAGUCACAACACCAGGAGAUGAUGAAGUUAAUGAUGAGGGAGACGAACUUGAAGACACUCAAGAAGAAAAAGGGAAUAUUGAUAGUGUUUUGGUGGAAAUAGAUGAGAAAAAAGAUAAACGUUGUAGGCAGACAUAGAGAAGAUUUCUCAAGGGAGCCCAAAGAUGGAAUCUGGGAAGAUAGAUAUUCAGAUGGAGGAUAUUCAAGAAGUAUCACCUCUCCAGGUAUCCUUUCCUUCAAGUUCGGAUGUGUUGGGAGAGGAAUUAGAAGCAACGCCUAUAAGAAGGCAUCUUACAGACCGUGAACUGUUGGACCGUAUGGCAGAUCCUACUUACUCUAUUAAGGAUCCCAAGUGGAGUUCAUCGAGUUCUAUUUUGAUUCCUAGAAGGAGUACUCGCCUUAAGGAAAAAAAGUUGACUCAGAAGAAGUAGGGUUGGUUUUUCGGUAUUUGUUGGCCUCCUAGUUGCUUGGGGUUUUUUGUUUGCGAAAACUGAUCUUUAGGGACAUCUUGUUGGCGGAUCUUCUUUUCGGGCUUCUCUUUUCAUCCGAGCGGUGGUGCUACGGUGUUGGAUUUUUCUUGCUUAUUUUAAAUCAUUCUCCUUUCAUUAGAGCUAGUUGUUUCGUUUUUGCUUUAGCUUUGAGCUAGUACUCAUUAGCGUUUGUACUCUUCUCAUUUUUUAAUAAAGUUUUUCUUUUCCAAAAAAAAAACUAAAAACAAC